CGACAACCUCACGAGCACCGUCUCCCAACUGCUGAUCAACUUUCACGCCUGGCAGUUUCUCUGUCAGUCUGGCCCAGCAUCUCUUCCUCCUCAAAAAGUGCAGCGAAGCCGCCGAAAACCAGUGCUCGACCUCCCUGGCCUGCUCGACUGCAGCCCCGAGAUUCGUCAGACCCUGAAGAGCCCCUCAUUCAGCGACUUUGGCAGCCAGUGGUCCCGGCAACCACUUGCAGCAUCACCGCUCGACGACUCUCUCCCAAACACAAGCCACACGCCGUCCCGAGGGCUAGCGGUGGGCUGGGUGUGUGCUACAACUCGACGCCGUCACCACACCGCUGCUGAAGCCAACACGAAAACAACCACCCAAACCAACCGACAGAACCGCCUGCAUGAUGUCGAGGUCACCGCAAACUCCGCGACACUCCCGCCAGUCCUCCGCUAUCGACACCCGCUUCCAGACCCCGAGCCCAAAUGCAUCACCUGAUGCUAGGCGCCUGUCAAAGUCUUCAUUCCAGGACCCUCUGACGCCACUACGCAACAGCAUGAAUGAGACAGAGCUUUCGAUGCUUGGCAACGGAGGUCUCGACCAGGGCAACGGGCUCGGCAACCUUGCUGAUGAGCUCGCCGAUGCCUUUUCAGACUCGGAAGAGGAGUACGAUGAGGAGGAGGAUGACGGCGAAGGCGAAGAGUCCGAAAUGUCCAACACCGUUCCCACACCCACAGAUGAGCCAGCACUGCCAGCAAGAACAAGAACGGUAACGUUGAACGCACCAGAGCAGCAAAAUGUCCGGGCACAUCGGCGCGAGGCCAGCGCCUAUGAUGGAAGCGAGUACGGCUCAGAAACAGACUUGGACAUGGCAGGCAUGCCACCGAGCUUGGUCGCCAAGAUCGAUGCGGUAGAGACUUUGGCAAGGCGCGGAACCGACAGCCUUGGCAAUACAGCCGACCCAGUAUUUAAGAGAGUCACAGACGGCCUCAGGGACCUCGGAUCGCAGUCCAGUGUGGAGGGAAACACCACGAGGCUGAUUACUGCUCACUCGGCAUUAUCAACACACUUGACACACCAAACGCGGCAAAUUCACAACUUGACAUUCCCGCUCCUGUCGCCACUGGUCGCACCGCCAGACCCGGAGACAAUCGACGAGCUCCUUCCACUUCUCGCAUCCGUUGCCGAUGACAUGCCACGCCCUGCAACGGCAGCACUGAGCAAUUUGGCAGCGCUACACACGGUCACCGCUGAUUUAGUCCAAACUCUGAACUACCUGUCGGACACACUGCACAUGUCGAGGCAAACCACGACGACUGCAACGCGGCGACUUCGCACCGCGAAAGAGCUGGUGGCCGAGAUGAAGCGCGAAGAAGAGCUCAGAGAAGAAGGUGAGAGGUGGCUCACCCGGGGAAAUUGGAGUGACCGAUUGGAGAAGCGAGAGUGUGCGGGAGUCUGCAGAGACGUCGUAGGUGGUUUCGAGGAAGUCUGUAAUGGGUGGCGAGCACGACUGAUGGCUCAAGCCGAGUCCGCAUAAACGACGUUCGCGGAUGGGUGCAAAGGGCUCGGGGUGCCUGGGCCUCAGUGACGGUGCCCUCAAGCAAUGACGCCCGCACAGAGCCGUAUUGCAUCCACCUCUGCAAGAUCCGCGUCCGAAUAUC